AUGAGUGAUUCCCAUCUACAUCCACCGGGAGAACCAAAGCAAUCUUAUUAUUAUAGUGACAAUGCCAUUGCUUCAAGUUCAGAAGAUGAAGCUACACCACCAAAACAACCAUCAAAUGCUCCCCAUUUGAAAGAAGAUGUUUUCCAACAACCUGUUAAACAUGUUCCAGACGAAGUGAAGGAAACAUCAGUGAAUCCUUUCAGAACAGUGUCGGAUUUCAACAAAAGACCCUUGACUGAUACCCCAGUUGGUUCUUCAAGUACAUCUCCAAAUUAUUCAAACAUUAAUUCUGAAUCUGCAUCUUCUGAGAAUUCACCCGAGUUAAGACCUUCAAUUGAUAGAGUAUUAAGUGUUCCUCCAAUCAAAUCAAAUAAAAGAAGAGCAACCGCCAUUGAUGUUCCUGGUGUCACAAAAUCUAAAACUUCCCCAACUGGUCAAGCUGGUCCAACUGAAAGUGGUUCAAAAUUGGUUAUUGUUAUGGUUGGUCUACCUGCUAGAGGUAAAUCUUACAUCACAAAUAAAUUGACUCGUUAUUUGAAUUGGUUACAACAUGAAUGUCGUGUUUUCAAUGUUGGUAAUACAAGAAGAAAAGAUGGAAACCAUUAUGGUCCUUGUAAUGGUCCUUUACCUGAUGAGCAAGAACACAAUCAUAAUGAAAAUAGCGGUGCUGAACAUCAUGAACAACAUGAUGCUAGUUUUUUCAAUCCUGAAAAUCCCAAAUAUAAAAACAUUAGAGAAAAAUGGGCAAUUGAUACUUUAGAUCAAUUAUUAGAUUAUGUUUUGGAAGGUUCUGGUUCUGUAGGAAUCUUUGAUGCAACUAAUAGUACAAAGCAAAGAAGACAAAAAAUUAUGAAAAGAGUUCAAGAAAGAGAUAAACAAAUUAAAAUUUUAUAUUUAGAAAGUAUUUGUUCUGAUAAAGAAAUUGUUCAAAAAAAUAUAAGAUUAAAAUUAAGUGGUCCUGAUUAUAAAGAUAUGGAUCAAGAUUUAGCAUUAAAAGAUUUCACUGGAAGGUUAGCAAAUUAUGAAAAAGCUUAUCAAACUAUUGAAGAUGAAGAAGGUUUACAAUAUAUUAAAAUGAUUGAUGUCGGUAAAAAAGUUGUUGCUUAUAAUAUUCAAGGUUUCUUAGCAUCUCAAACGAUUUAUUAUUUAUUAAAUUUCAAUUUGAAAGAAAGACAAAUUUGGAUCACAAGACAUGGUGAAAGUGAAGAUAAUGUUAAUGGUAGAAUUGGUGGAGAUUCAAACUUAACUCCAAGAGGUCAAAAAUUUGCAAAUGCAUUAUCAAAAUUUAUUGAACAUGAAAGAAAUGUUUUCCGUAAAUCUCAAAAUGAAAAAUAUAUUGAAUUAGAAUCAAAAGGUGAAAUUCAUAAUAUACCCACAGAUCCAAAUUUUCUUGUUUGGACAAGUAUGUUACAAAGAGCUAUCCAAACUGCAAAACAUUUCCCAGAUGAUGAAUAUUAUGUAAAAGAAAUUAGAAUGUUGAAUGAAUUGAGUGCAGGUAUUUGUGAAGGUUUAACUUAUGCUGAAAUUCAACAAAAAUAUCCUGAGGAAUUCAAUUCAAGAGUUAAAGAUAAAUUAAGAUAUAGAUAUCCAGGUAUUGGUGGUGAAUCUUAUUUAGAUGUUAUCAAUAGAAUGAGACCAAUCAUUAAUGAAGUUGAAAGAACUACAGAUCAUGUCUUAUUAAUAACCCAUAGAGUUGUUGCAAGAGUAUUAUUAGGUUAUUUUAUGAAUUUAAAUAGAGAUCAUAUAACAAAUUUAGAUGUUCCAUUACAUUGUGUUUAUUUAUUAGAACCAAAACCUUAUGGAGUUGAAUGGUCACUGUUUGAAUAUGAUGAAACAAAAGAUUGGUUUUAUAAAGUUCCAAAAGAUCAAUUACAUCAGAAAAAAGUUCAAGAAGUUGAUGUUGCUUUUAAAGAACGUAAAUAUUCAGUUGUACCAACUUUACCACCAAAUCUGAAACCAAAUUAUAGUACAGGAUCAGUACCAAAUGUUAAUAACUUACCAGGAUCAUCAUCAUCAUCCUCGUCAAAUCCAAAUACUAUAAGAAUUGGUUCAAAUAAUCCAUUGGAACAAUUGAAUAAGGCAAGAGGUAAUCCAAAUUUAAGUAAAAGAAGUGCAUUUGAAUUGGAAAAAUUAACUGAAAAAUUAUCAAAAUUAACAAAUAAUGGUAAUAAUCAUGAUGGUAAUUAA